AUGGUCCCUCCAACCCUCGAAGACCGCACUGCCACCGCGGCUGGCGACAGCAACGGCAGCGCCAACAAGAAGCGCAAGGCUAGCGUCUCCUACGGUCACUACAACCACUACAAGGGUCUCAACACUAGCAUGAUCAAGUCCAAGUUCCUGUCCAACCCUGAGGACUUGGGUGUGGUAGCUGUUGGCUUCUCCGGUGGACAGUGCAAGCCAGGUGUUGACGCUGCCCCCUCUGCCCUGAUCGAGUCUGGCCUGCUGACCCAGCUGCGCGAUGAGCUGGGCUACAAGCUGCAUGGCGACGACACCGUCCACCUGUACACCGACCUGGUGCCUCAGGCUGGCAACGACCCUCCUUACCGCGGCAUGAAGAACCCCAAGGCCGUCUCCGCUGUCACCCGCCGCAUCGCAGACCAGGUCUACAGCCACGCUAGCCAGGGCCGUCUCGUGCUGACCCUGGGCGGCGAUCACUCCAUCGCCGUCGGUACCGUCGGCGGCACCGCAAAAGCCAUUCGCGAGAGACUUAACCGCGAGGUCGCCGUCAUUUGGGUGGACGCCCACGCAGAUAUCAACACCCCAGAGACGUCUGGAUCUGGUAAUAUCCACGGCAUGCCCGUUGCCUUCCUAACGGGGCUAGCAAACGAGGACAAGGAGGAGUACUUUGGCUGGCUGGAAGAGUCAAACCGCCUGUCACUGCGGACUGGUGCGUUCAGCAUGUUUGACAUUGACAGACAUGGCAUCGGCCGCGUCAUGGAGAUGGCCCUCGCCCACAUUGGCAACGAUACCCCCAUCCACCUCAGCUUUGACGUCGACGCCCUCGACCCUCAAUGGGCUCCCAGCACGGGCACCCCCGUCCGCGGCGGCCUGACACUGCGCGAGGGUGACUACAUCGCUGAGUGUGUGCACGAGACGGGCAACCUGAUCGCCAUGGACCUGGUGGAGGUUAACCCCAGCCUGGUGGCCGGCGAGCAUGACCCUGGCGCUAGCGAGACGGUGCGCGCGGGAUGCAGCUUGGUCAGGUGUGCGCUGGGUGAGAGCCUCCUGUAG